CCCUCGUCCUUCGUCACAUUUUGCUAGGGUUUUGUAUCUUUCCAUGGCGACGCAUUCCAUCUCUCGCUCCAUUCUCUGCCGUCCGGCGAAAUCUCUCUCCCUUCUCUUCACCCGAUCCUUCGCCUCAUCUGCUCCUCUCGCCAAAGCUCCGGCGACUUCGCUUUACACGUCGUCUCUGCUCACCCGAUCCCGUCCCUUAGUCGCCGCCUUCCGCGGUGGACUUGUGUCUGUCAAAGGUCUUUCUUCGCAGGCUACGUCGUCUUCUCUGAACGAUCCGAGUCCCAACUGGUCCAACAGGCCUCCAAAGGAGACGAUUUUGCUCGAUGGAUGCGAUUUCGAGCAUUGGCUUGUGGUUGUGGAUCCGCCUGAGGGAGAUCCCACUAGAGAUGAGAUCAUCGACAGCUAUAUCAAAACCCUAGCUCAGAUCGUUGGCAGUGAAGAAGAAGCGAGGAUGAAGAUCUACUCUGUUUCAACUCGGUGCUACUUUGCUUUUGGAGCUCUUGUGUCUGAAGAUCUCUCUCACAAGCUGAAAGAGUUGCCAAAGGUGCGCUGGGUUCUUCCUGAUUCUUACCUGGAUGUGAGAAACAAAGACUACGGAGGGGAACCUUUCAUUGAUGGGAAAGCUGUUCCUUAUGACCCCAAGUACCACGAGGAAUGGAUAAGGAACAACGCUAGAGCCAAUGAAAGAAACAGGCGCAAUGACCGUCCUAAAAACUUUGAUAGAAGCAGAAACUUUGAGAGGAGAAGAGAGAACAUGGCUGGAGGCCCUCCUCCUCAACGUCCUCCCAUGGGUGGCUCUGCACCCCCUCCACCUCCCAUGGGGCAGAAUUAUGGACAAAGGCCUCCACCAAACUAUGGAGGACCACCACCGCCACAUAACAAUAUGGGAGGGCUGAGGCCUCCAGCAAACUACGGAGGCGCACCACCACCACCACCGAACUAUGGAGGACCACCACCACCGAACUACGGAGGAACGCCACCACAAAACAUGGGAGGAGCACCACCACCAAACUACGGAGGAUCACCUCCACCGAACUAUGGAGGAGCACCACCGCAGAACAACAUGGGAGGGGGAGGUCCACCAAAUGCAGGAUGGUCAGGUAACAACUACCAGCAGCAGCAGGGUGGUGGAAUGCAGCAGCCACAGUACCAGAACAACUAUCCACCUAACCGGGAUGGCAGCGGGAACCCGUACCAGGGUUAAAAGUAGCUGAAGCAGUCGUGGGUUUUCUUAUAAUCAUGCAUUCUGGACGAUGUAUAGAUAAUCUGAGGAAGAGUGAGAGUGCAAUAGCAAGACUUAAAAACUCCUUUUGUCUUCAGUGUUUUAUCAGUCUGGUAUUUGUCUCAAGAGAAUAGCUUUGAGUAACUGUGGCUUGUUUUUUUUAGUUUAUAUCCUAAAACCAUCUUAAGAGUUCUGAAUUGGUUUCACUUUAAGGCCUUGUGUUGUUAGUUCA